AUGAGCCUUAGUUUGGAGGCUGUAGUAGUGCUCAGUAACGAAAGCACGAAGCGCACGAAAGCGAGGUUGCCCAAGAAAAGCAAGCGACAAAAGCCCGUCUGCAAAGUGGUGGCAGCGACAGAGGCAGCAAGAGAGAGUGGUAUGGAGCUGGACACGAGGCUGGACAACUUUGAGCAACCGCCGACGGAGAUGGAAGAAGAGCUGAUGUGGUCGCCACAUGUGGAAGCCACUGUCAACGACCUAGAUGAUGCGUCAAGAGAGAUGGAAGUAGAACUGGGCAACAUCAACAUGUCGCAAGAGCCGGAGGUGUUUGAAGAAGAGCCAUCUGUUGAAGCCACUUGCGACGACCCAGAGGAGGCGGCAGCAGAGGCAGUUGUACAUGUUGGUUUGGAGAUCGAACAAGAGCCACGGCCGAAGCCAACUGUGGAAGCCACUUGCAACGGGUCGGAGGUGGCGGUAGCAGAGGCAGCAGUACAUGUUGUUAUGGAGAUCGAAGCAAACCCACGGCCGGAGGCAACUGAGGAAGCCACUCGCAACGGGUCGGAGGAGGCAACGAAGGACGCAGCAGGAAAAGCAGCACGCCUCGUUUUUGCCUAUGCGGCCGCAAACGACAUGAUCCGCGAAGAGAAGGUUUUCUUCCUCAUCGGAGGCGGAGGAAUGGCAAAGGCGUAUGGAAGGAGGUGGUCAAGGCCGCUUUUGACCCAUGCUAUGGCACGAUGCCCACAGACGCCGUGUAUGUACGUAGUUAGCCCGUUAGUCGGUCGUUAA